AUGGAAGAAAUUGUGCCGAACCCAGACGCGGUGGCGGCGCCGAUCGAGGAGAUAAGAGAUAGUGAGACGCUUUUGAAGGAAUUCUUUCGGGACGUUUCCGACGCCACGCGAGACGCCGAGGUGGAACGUAUUUUGUCUUGCUUCAAGCUGAAUCCGUACGAGUUCUUAAACCUUCCGUUUGAUUGCGAAAGGAAGGCGAUUCCUCGCUCGUUUCGUAAGAUUUCUUUGCUCGUACACCCUGAUAAGUGCAAACAUGCGGAUGCAAAGGCGGCGUUCGACGCGUUGGGACAGGCGCAAAAGCUUUUGCUCGACGAAGACUUCAAGCGCACCUUGGACUUUCACCUCGAGCAAGCGAAGGAAUCUGUGCUAAAAACUUGGAAAAAAGAAGCCCGAGAUGACGUGGCGCUUCGUGUGAAGUACGAAGGCAAUAAGGAGGGGAUGCUUGAAGACUUUUGCAAGACGGAUGAAUUUCACGAGCGCUGGAAGUACGAGGGACGCAACUACAUCGUCGAAUUAGAGUGGCGACGCCGUAAGAUGGCGCUGCGAAUCAAGGGAGAGGAAAAGCGGGUGACUGAGGAAGAGAAGGCUGAACUCGCGCAGCGUCGUAAAGAACACAAGGAAAAGAAAGAAUGGGACCAAGACGAGAGGCGCGAAGCGCGAGUCGGCGGUUGGCGAGAUUUCAUGAAGGAUAAAAAGGUUAAGAAGACAAAAACUGCGGGCGAGUUCAAGAGUUACCUAAAAACUGAAGUGAACCCGAGCAAGAAAGCGUUCGCGCUCGAAAAAGAUAAAGUGCUUCGCCCUGAUGAGAUCAAGAGAGCGUUUUAA